UAGUAAUACAUUUACCUACAGACCGUUAUUGUACAACCCGGUUACAUAUGUGGGAAUGAAAGUGUAGGACAUACGGAUUUCUUCAGUCUGUGGGAAUGACACACCUGGGUCGGUCAACUGAGCAGGAUGCUGGGAUUUCUGCGCCUCAGAGGCCCUGGCCCUGGCAUGGUCACCUGGUGUGUGUUGAGGUCCUCCAUCCAGACCUCUCUCCAACACCCCCAACCCCUCCCCUGCCUCCGCCUCACUCAAAAAGCACACCUGUGCCUCCGCUCCCAACCCUCCUCUGGCUCCCACCAUAACAACCCACCCACAAGGAGGCAAGGAGACCCCUCUCUUCUCCUCCCUUGCAAUCCCCUUACCUCCCAGCAGAGGGCUCCCCGUGCCCUGUACUCCCAGGGUCCAUCAGAACAGCAGCAGCAGAGCUCCAAGCCUGGCGAGGCGACGGCGCGGAUCCGUCUGCGGACGCGGCUGGUGGUGACGGUGCUGUUCGGCGCGGGCAUCCUGGGCACCUGGUGGUACGUGCAUCAUGAGAAGCAGCAGAUGCUCCGGCAGCAGCGCAUCGAGCAGCUCCGCCAGGUGGCGGUCGGGCACGGCGACUUCAGCCUGCUGGACCACAACGGACGUCGACGCAGCAAGCGCGACUUCUUGGGGAGCUGGACGCUGAUGUACUUCGGCUUCACGCACUGCCCGGACAUCUGCCCCGACGAGCUGGACAAGAUGAGCAGCGUGGUGCAGCUCCUGGACGAGGACGCGUCGCUGCCGCGCGUCCAGCCGCUCUUCAUCACCGUCGACCCCGAGCGCGACGACAUCGCCGCCAUGAGAAAGUACGUCAAGGACUUCCACCCGCGCCUCGUCGGCCUCACGGGCACGCCGGACGAGAUCAAACACGCCGGACGAGACUAUCGCGUGUACGCCAGCGCCGGGCCCAAGGACGAGGACGGCGAUUACAUCAUUGACCACACCAUCCUCAUCUACCUGAUCAACCCCGACGGACUUUUUCUGGAUUAUUACAACCGGAUGAAGGACGAUAAACAAAUCGCGGAGAGCAUACGCAACCACAUAAAGAGCCAUGUCCCACUGUUUACAGACUAAAACAGAGAAAAGAGAGAGAGAGAGAGAACCAUCUGAACUAUCUCAGACUUGACUUAAAAAAAAGUGGUUCUGCUGGCGUUGUGGACACCAGCUGUGUCUGUGGGGUCAAUAAGUGUGAAAUAAAGUGUGAUGAAAGU